AUGGGACCUUACCACUGGUCGGGAGUAGUUGGCGUUGCAAAAGUGACGAUCAAAUUGAGCGAUUCUUUAGGUACGUAUAGGAUAUCAGAUAACAUUGUGUCGUCUAAGACGGGGCUAGCAUGCAAAUAUACUGCUGGUUACUGUAUAGAUGCGUAUGAAGGUAUGAUCACCUGGGACAUAAUCACAGACGACAAGUGUUCUAUGAACUCCUAUCUCGUACUCUAUAGGGGUAGGGUCUCUAAAAUAACAAUAAAAUCAACUGAUAAUAGCCAAGAUGCUUACACCAUGUACUCAGUGAAGGACGGAAAAUUCUUAGCGGCACUAAUAGAAAGAGGAUCAAAGGUCAUAUGUGGUAUAACUGUAAUAGUUACAGAUCAUCCCAAACUCCUGAUACAGGAGGUUAAGAACGGUCUCUACUAUUUCAAACAAGAUACACUAACAGCUAAGAACAUGGACAUCUUUCUCUAUGUGAAUGCAAAGUUCACACACAUUGAGAAUCAUAUGAGGAGAGAAAUCAGUUCUAUGUAUGAAACCCUUGUGCAAGAACAGUGUAAGACAAGACGAUCUUUGCUCCAGACUCAAUUGUCCUUAGCCACUAUUGAUCCAGUUGAAUUCGCCUAUACGUACAAACAAGAACCUGGUUAUUCUGCGAUAGUUAUGGGUGAACAAGUGCACAUUGUCAAAUGUAGGGCAGUUUAUGUUACAUCUAGGAAGACAGAAGGAUGUUUUAACGAACUACCUAUCAAUUAUACCGGACAGCUCAUGUUCAUGGCGCCCAGGUCGCGAAUAAUACAGAGGACAGGUACUCCAGUAACAUGCUCAGUAUUAAUGCAACCGGCUUUCCAGCUGUCGAACUCUUGGUUCGUUUCACAGAAUGGGCUGACUAAGAAGUCUGAGCCAUCUCAACUAUCACCAGUUACUGAUACUAAAUGGGUUUAUACCGAUGCUGGUGAACUAGCAACACAAGUGAAGGACGGAAAAUUCUUAGCGACACUAAUAGAAAGAGGAUCAAAGGUCAUAUGUGGUAUAACUGUAAUAGUUACAGAUCAUCCCAAACUCCUGAUACAGGAGGUUAAGAACGGUCUCUACUAUUUCAAACAAGAUACACUAACAGCUAAGAACAUGGACAUCUUUCUCUAUGUGAAUGCAAAGUUCACACACAUUGAGAAUCAUAUGAGGAGAGAAAUCAGUUCUAUGUAUGAAACCCUUGUGCAAGAACAGUGUAAGACAAGACGAUCUUUGCUCCAGACUCAAUUGUCCUUAGCCACUAUUGAUCCAGUUGAAUUCGCCUAUACGUACAAACAAGAACCUGUUUAUUCUGCGAUAGUUAUGGGUGAACAAGUGCACAUUGUCAAAUGUAGGGCAGUUUAUGUUACAUCUAGGAAGACAGAAGGAUGUUUUAACGAACUACCUAUCAAUUAUACCGGACAGCUCAUGUUCAUGGCGCCCAGGUCGCGAAUAAUACAGAGGACAGGUACUCCAGUAACAUGCUCAGUAUUAAUGCAACCGGCUUUCCAGCUGUCGAACUCUUGGUUCGUUUCACAGAAUGGGCUGACUAAGAAGUCUGAGCCAUCUCAACUAUCACCAGUUACUGAUACUAAAUGGGUUUAUACCGAUGCUGGUGAACUAGCAACACAAGAUGACACGAAAAAGGAUUUCCUUCGGUGUGUAUUUUUAUAUGUGUUUGCAAAUUACUUUCUGUAA